AUGGACAAACUCUCCAAUCUCGCCAACAAGCUCGGAGGCAACAAGGGUCAAGAAUACCUUGACAAAGCACCAGGUAUCCACGCGGCGGAGGAUAAGAUCGGCGGCGGUAACAAGGGUGACGCUACGAAGAAGGCCACCGAUGCUGGCCGUGAACAGUUGGAGAAGGCUGGAAAGGGUCUCCCCGACAAGUUCUCACACUAG